UGUUAUUAUUUUCCAGUUGGCUGUACAAUUUUGUCACUCGGGUUCUUCACCACUUGCAAGCGUUUCUAAACCAAGCUCACAAGUCUAAAGUUCAGCGCAUGAAGACGUACACAGAUAUCCAAGAUCGUCUGACAAAACUGAAAAAGGAAGCUGACCAAUAUUUUGAAGAAUUGAAGGCAGAGAUUGAAAGCAGGUUUGAGUCUGCUCUGGUUACUCUAAAGCAAUAUUUAAUGAAGCCCGAAAUUAGAGAACGAAUUACAAAAUGGACCGAACCGCAGCAGCCCAAGGGUCACAAGUGGGCAGACGUGGACACAGCCAUCCGCGAACGUGUGGUCGAAAGAAUCACACACUUACUAGAAAAAUGGGAAGACGAGCAUAAGUUUUUCAAGAAGCUUCGACCAGAACUGACAGAAAAGUUCACCAGCCAGUUCAGAGGUAUUGAAAGACAACUGACCGGUAUUGAAAAUAUGAUUGCGCGCCAUGAUACUCGCUUGAGCACAACUUCCCAUAAAGACCCAGGCGAACCUGUGAAUGAGGAAGAAGGGUUCUUUCCUUACGAUCUGUCCCUUAAACUCAAACAUAAAAUCAUUCUCGGGGUAGCUGCGCCAAUUUUAGUCCCUGUCGCAGUGGCCGGUGCAAUCAUAGCGCUGCCCAUUUUGGGCGGGCUAAAAGUCAGGCAGAUGAUCGAUGCGCGACUUGCGGAAGAAAAACUGAAGAAGUACAAAAACGACCCUAUAAACUUCCUAAGAAAACAGUCGGAAAAGGUUUUGGAUGAAUUUGUGAAAAAAAGUAAGGCUCUUGAAAAAUACGUCCGCAGUGAGCUUAGCCAGGCGUACGUCUGCUUGCAACAGCUUCAGGAGGCGGUGCCUCGCCAAAUUAAAGCAGACGAGGCUCAAAUCUUGUCCCUAAAAGACGAUCAAAGAGAGGCUUCCGAUUAUCUCCGUUUUUAUGACCCUCUCAACGAAGUGUUCGUCUCCUUCAAAAAGAGGCUUUUGUAUUUCAAAACUAUAGCAAUCAGACGCGAACUCAAGGACUACGAAUUCGAUGAUAUCGAAAUCCCUAAAACCCCGGAGAUAAUAUGUGAUAGUCUGUAUUGUACGAUAUUCAAGGUUGUGCUACGGAAGCCUAUCGGUUCACUACAGACCGGGUCUACGGUGUGUCUUAGGAAGUGUCAUGUCCCCAUCUCACACCAGACGAUACACGAUCAUCUUGGAGUUGAAGAAGCUUACCAGUAUCAGCACCAUGAAAAUCUCGUGAAGUUUUACGGAUCCACGCGAGAUUUCGACAAUGUGUAUUUUAUCCUGGAGCCUCUGCAAUGCAGUCUUCGUUGUUAUCUUCAAGAAACCCCAACCGUCGACUGGGACAAGACGGACGAAGAGAAGUAUAUGGUGUUCCUUGAAAUAAUGCGCCAAGUAGUGAAUGGGCUGGAGUACCUUCACUCCCGGAGUAUGCAGUGGGUCCAUUAUGAUUUAUCUUUGGACACUGUAGCGAUGGAUUACAAAGACACAGUAAAAUUGACCAACAUUGGCCACCGACGGAUGCUAAAGAUAGAUCCCACGGAGCCGAGGGAGAAUAUCCUCCGUUACUCCCACCUCCCGCACGAGGUCCUUGCCGACCCUCCCACCACCUAUACUCUGACCUCCGACAUGUACAGCGUGGGGAUCAUGAUGUGGGAAAUGUGGACUGGAAAGAGAGCCUUCGAAGAUGAAAUAACUGCUAACCCAACCAAGUUUCAGACCAUGUCAGACUUCAUACAGUUCUGCGAAGACCGCAGGCCGGGGUUGGAGUAUUUUUACUCCAACGGGGCCAGCGAGGUGUCAUCCCGCCAUGCAGAAACUUGGCUGAAGACCCUGAGGAUUUGCUGGGAUCCCGAGCCUUCCACGAGACUCACAUGCAAAGGCUGGUUGGCGCUGACCAGCAAAGAUAGUAUGCUCUCAGACGGUCUCUACAUUCACGAAAAACAUUUUUAACAUCUUGGGGGGUUGGACAUUUUAAAUAAUUUCUCAUAGACUGGGUGUGAGAAAAUUGAUUUAAUACUUUUUUAAAACGGUAUACUUUCCAAAAGAGUUAAUUUUACUUGACCGGUACUAAGUGAAGGGAUUUUUUCUAUUUUGGACUGAUGAGUUAAAAUGUUGAACAAAAACAGAGGAUAAAAUACUCGCACACGCACACCAUUGGUUAAAGUUCAACUUGGUUAAACCUAGGAUCCACUAGUUUUACCCUAUACCUAAAUCUAAAUUUGCUGUUCUGAUUAUUUUUUUCAAAUUAAAUUUUUAUGGCAACUCGAUACAAAAUAAAACGGUGUUCAUGUUUAA